AUGACGUCUUCGCUGGAGUCGUAUAUGAAUCGAAUGGUGAACGUGGUCACCGGAGAUGGAAGAAUAAUCAUCGGGCUGCUCAAGGUAUGGAAAAAUGAAAAUAUUCCCAACUUUUGCCGAAAAAUUCAAAAAACCAGUUUUUUCCACUCUUUACCUAAAAAAUCGAUAAACCCCUUAUUUUCCCCGAUGUUAUUUGUUUUUUUGCAGGGAUUCGACCAACUGAUCAAUUUGGUGAUCGAGGACGCCCACGAGCGGGCCUAUUCGGAGACGGAGGGCGUCAUUACCACUCCGUUGGGCCUCUACAUCAUUCGCGGCGAAAAUGUGUUCGUUUCACUCGAAAAUUUGACUGAAAAUGCGAAACAAAAGAACGCAAUUCUUCCCGAAAAUUCCGAUCUCCAUCGAGCUCAACCUAUCACUUUUCGGCGACCAACUGACCGCUUGGGCCGAUCACCUAUUUAUCCGUUUGCGCCCGGCUCGCCGAGCGACAAUAGCUUUUUGAUCGGCCAAUUGAGAAACCGGGCACCAAUCAUCAAGAGAAAUGCAAAUUUUCGGCAGAAUUUCACCGGGAAACUGGUGAAAUAAUUUGAAGAGAGAUGCAAAGUUUUUCGCACCCAAUAUGAACCCGAUGUUUUCAUGGUCUAAACUAUGCGACCCGUCCUGUUGACACAAAUAUUUACCACCAGCUUCAUCUCUGUUUUGUUCCUCGAGGUCUAUUUACACCGCCGAGUCGCCAGACGGUGCUGUUCUCUCUUCUGUUCGUUUGAAAAAGUGUCAAAACAUCAUCGGAGCAGUGAUCGACAACUUUGGCGCGCCGAAAACGGUCAUGUUUACACGGAAUUCUAUACAAUUUAUGCACUGGAACCUUUUUGAACGCGGAGCGGAGAACAGAGAUCGACGACGUUUUGGGCAUUGGGACACAUUUUUCCUCGAAUUUCUCUUGCGGCUUACGUUUUCCCCAAAUUUUUAUGGUCCAGAGAGCAGUUUUAGGCGCUUUGCCGUUGCUUGACAUAAAAAUGAGUUGAAAUCUACUUUACAACUAUUCCGUCACGUUCGCCUUUGAAUUGUUGGUCAAGACGAGAAAUUCGAAUUCUCCGCCUUCGCUCCCUCAUAUCUGCCAACGUCAUCUGCGCCCCACUGCACACUUUGCCCUUCCACAUUCAAUCGACCCUUCCUCUUCCUCCGUUUUCUUCUCCGUCUGCAGUCUCCUCCCUCUCUCCCUCCCUUCUCCGUUUGACCGCUCUUCUUUUCGAAUAACCCCCGCGCGGAGGGGACCAACAAAUUGCUGUUUUAUCGAUUUUCGAUGCUUUCCAUUGUUUUUCGCAAUCAGAAGGUGUUUGAUAGGAUUGACCUAAUUCGCACGUCUCCACAAAUCACUUGGUUCGGUGAGAAACUGACAAUUCGCUGUUCAAACAGUCUUUUUUGUGCCAAGACCGAUCCGUUACGUUGUCGGUGACUCAUUUCCCACUCGUUCCGCUAUUGUUCACUCGUUCGUUUCUAUCUUUUUCUGCUCGGCGGCUUCAAACCAGCCCUGAGCAUAGAAACACGGAUUUUUCCGUGUUUCCGCGCGCGCGCGGGAAUCUUUGCGGUCCGGAAGGAGAAAAUGAGCACCCACUUCACACAUCAAUAACAACCGUUUUUCGAGCGAUUUUCUGUGUCAAAUGCUCGGAAUUCGCUAGAAUCUUCCUCCAUUCUUCUCUAAUUGACCACCGCUCGUUCUGUUUUGUUUGUACGCGGGCGGAGGAGAAGGAGGUGGAAAAGUUAUACGACGGGCGGUACGAAACUAGACGGAAAGACUAUCCGAUUUGAAUGAUUGGCCUGGGUAUCCGUUUACGUUCCACUCGAUUUUUGCUGAGUUUUUAGGCCACAAAUAGUUGCUCCGAGACAAUCGUGGUCAUAAAUUUCUCUUUCCGCUUCUCUUAUCACUAUUAUCAGCGUGUUUCGGUCGCUGACUCUUUCCGCUCAUCGCUUGUGAUUAGAUUUUUUCAAUGUUUAUGAUCGUCAUAGUGCGCAUAGGUUACUAUCGACGUGGAUAUACGGUUCUGACCGUCUUUUCGAUCUUUUUCCGGUCCAAAAUUGCUCCGAACACAAACACACUCGAAAUGUCAAGAGCGAUAUUGGCGAAGAGUGCGAUUGUUUCGAAAUUCUCGUCCUUCAUUGAUUUUCUAUAUUCUUCGACACUUUUUUUUUGUCCGACAUGUCUGUGAAAGUGUAAAAUUGCGUCGUUGUGAACUUCUAACAAAUUUCACACUUUUCCGAUCGUUUUUCGUGUGUUUUCGAUGCGAGAAAAAGGUUUUCGGGGGGAAAAACGUGUCGGCGAACCGGUUCUCGCAACGCCCGCAUUUUCCGCGUUAGGGGUUCUGGAAUUUUCGAGGAUUUCUCUGGAUUUUCGCAAAUCUCUUUUGGACAUUUCGUCAGCCGCUCGGCGUUGGCUCAAUUUUCCAAAAUUACCAAAAAAAACCCUCGUUUUGCAGAGCCAUAAUCGGCGAAAUCGACGAGGAACUGGACAGACGCGUGGAUCUGGAGAACGUUAAAGCGGCUCCGUUGGCGCCGAUCUGGAUUCCGCAGUGA